GGACAUCGGUCAAUAGUAUCCAUUCAGACUGAUGGCUACUACGAGAAGGAGCGCUGUCAACCGUACUUCUAUUCGUGUGUGGCUGGAAGGACAGAAGUACUGGAAUGCACAACUGGACUUGUGUACGACGCACGCAUUUCUGCAUGUGAUUAUCCAGAGGCUUGCAGCUAUGCUGUUACUGCUUCUGCUGCAACUGCUAUGGCUACAUCCCUAUGUUUUGCGGAAAAUGAGCCAUAUACAGGUAUCGAUUGGAAAACCGUCAAAGGAUGUGAGGAGAAGAGAGAGGAGAACUUCUACGUCCUUGGAUGCAACCAAGUGUUCUAUCGCUGCUAUGUACACGUGUCCCUCGGGUCUCUAUUUCGAUAUUUCGAUCCCAAGCGAAAUCGUUGCAACCAUAAGGAGAAGACAAGCACCUGCUUGAACGAGGCGAGAAUUACAAGCGGCACACCUGCGCCGAGUGAGCAAGUCUCGCGCUCUAUCCGAGAUGUUCGUGCCGACAUCGCCGGACAUACAAUCGACAUGAUGUCGCACGAAUCGUCGGCGAUUCUUAGCAACAAAUGUGGAUCUUCCGAAUUUGCACGGUUUUCUAGCGGACCUAUUGCACCGGCUCCAAAUUAUGCUCCAGUCAAUGCGUUCGCCCCACCGGUGAUCUCUGCUCCGGCACCUCCUCCACCACCGGCUGCACUUCCGAAGAGCGAUGAUGAUGAACUUUGCCUGAACCGCCCUGAUGGAGAAUACAGCGCCGGAGAUUGCUCGAACAUUUUCUAUAAAUGUGCUAAUGGAAAACUGUUCAAGUACAGGUGCCCAAUGUGCAGACCUGUCUACAACCAUUCCGCCAAGCAAUGCCAAAUGAAGGAGAACGUUCCAGCAUGUAAAGUAUUCGAUCGGGAAGCCGCUCGUCAAAACUUCGACUGCUCCGGAAAGACUGAUGGCUACUACGAGAAGGAGCGCUGUCAACCGUACUUCUAUUCGUGUGUGGCUGGAAGGACAGAAGUACUGGAAUGCACAACUGGACUUGUGUUUGACGCACGCAUUUCUGCAAUGAUGAAUUAUCCAGUAGCUUGCAGUGGCCAAGCUCACUUCAAACUGAAGUCGUCACACCAAUCGCUGCAGCGGAUCAUGGUUCGAUCAACAGUGGAAGACUUGGACCAUCAAUUCCUUCUCCUUGCUCGAAUGGGAAGGAUGGACUCUUCUCCAUUCAAAAGUGUUCCAAUGCUUUCGUUCAGCCCUCCUCAACCUGUACUGCAGUCACCUUCCGUUGUACCGCAACGUGGUCCGGUCAAUUAUGGAAAGUGUCUGAACGGAACUUCCUACACCAUGAACUGUCCUGCUCGUCUCGUCUUCAACGAUCUCAAUGGAUAUUGCGACUAUCCUGGCAAUUGCCCAUGGAUGUGCGCUGACCUUGCUAAUGGAGCUCAUGCUGUUGGAGCAUGUACAGCUGAAUAUGCGAGCUGUUGGGGAGGAGUGAAGUCGGAUGCCAGGUGUCCUGGAAACCUAAUUUUCAACCCAGUCAAUGGCCAGUGCGAUUAUGAGCACAAUGUCGCGGGAUGUCUCAUGAUGAGAGGCAACGUAGCCCAUCAGCCUCCACGACAGCCUGUGACCAUAGCUCAGGAGCCCCCACGACAGCUAAUGAGCGUAGCCCAGCAGCCCGCAAGACCGGACGUAAACGCCGGUAAGUUUGAAUGA